CAAGACAGGAUGUAAAGCACUUUAGAACAGAGCCACCUGACAUGGUAAAUUCAGAAUCCAGAGGCACCAGGAAGAGGAAAAGAGGGGGCCAGCUCUUGCCCCAGGAGGCUUUGGUUCCAGGGAAAGAUGCUCAUGUGUGGAGUUCUGUAGGGAGGCUUGGAGAAAGCAUGGGGCAGGCCCCAUUCUGAGGCUCGGCACCCAUAGGUUUUCCUGAGACUGUUCCAGGUAAUGAUGGUAGCUACCUUCUGCUGAGCCCUUUCUAUGUGCCACAAUGUGCUAUGUGUAUUAUUAUUUCAUUUAAUCCUUGAAGCAGCCUGAGCGGUAGAUAUAAUACUAGCAUCAUUUUCUAGAUGAGCUGAAACUAGAGUGAUGAAGUAACUUACUUGUCACAUAGCUAGUAAGGAGCAGAGCAGGGAUUCAUACCUAACAUAUUUGACUCCAAAACCUGUGCUUUUAACACCUGUACUAUACUUCUUCAAAGAUAGGUGAAUGGGGCAGGAGAGGUUGGCUAUGUGGAGAAUUAAUAAUUAUCUUUUCUUUUGGUACAGCCUUCCAGAGUUUACAAAGCCCAAUUUCAUCUGCAGUCUCACUACGUCCAUUUUACAGAUGUGGAAACUGAGGCUUAGAGGUAGGAAGUGAUUUGCUCAGUCAUUUGGGCAAACUGGAUAAACUACCCAGAGCUCUGUGGUCUGCAGAAACUCAUAGAGUGUGUGCAGGGGGUGGGGUUGGCCUCACCAUAUUGACACAGGCUUAAAAGCAGUGAAGGGAUCAGUCUGGCUGAGGAAGAUCUCUGAGAGAUGAGGGAACCAAUCCAUGUUGUGGCCACAGAUUCAACUGCAGAACACAAAUCCCACUAUAAUAAAGAGCUCUGCAUUCACAAAAAGAUUCCCAGCUCCAGCCAAGGCCCCAUUUAUUUUUCAGUAACACUUGAUAUGGACAAAUUCCAGGUCAGCCAGAGACAUUUAACUUCUGGUGUUCUGAGUGGGGGUGGGGGAAUCUAGCUAUGAAAGGAGCCCCUUUCUUCUGUCCGGCCAUCCUCAGUAAAAAGGCUGCCUGAGGAUGGGGAGUCCGAAUCUGCCUGCUUGGCUUCCUCUUAGGGGGAAAGUAGCUGUCCUGGCCAUAGCCCCAGGGGCCCUCACUGUUGGACCUGUCCUGAUGCUUUGCUGAGCUUAGAGGCACCUGUUCUAGAGAAAAGGCAAAGCUCUCUUUCACUGUUCCCUGGGCAACUCUCACCUGGAGGAGUGACCAGGCAAGGAUCCAGGUAACAGGACAGAAGGGGCCAGAGCUGCCACUGCUGGAAGUGUGCUAGGGGACUGGAAGGUGAGCUGCAAUCCCACCCCCCGUCCUGGCCCCUCCAGGAGACCCUGCCUCCAAUGUGUUUUAGGGGAAAGGGAAUCCCACCCUGGGUCUUCCUUGAAGCCACGUAAGCAGCCUUCUGACCUUCUGGAUUUGUCUUCCCACAGGAGUAUGUGAGCUCUGAAUCUAGGGCAAGUGCUGAAGGCGGGAAUAGAGGAAAAGAAGCAGGUUCACAAGGUCAAACCCAGCCCUUCCAUAUUGGGAAGUCCAGGACAGGUUCUUGGGGCAGACAAUCUAGGUUUAAAAUCCCAGCUGUACCAUUUGCUUUCCUCAGACAAGACCUAAACUUCUGCUAUACUUAUAUGAGUAUUUACUGAGUGACUUUUCUGUUCUAGGGAUUCAAUGGUAAGCAAAAAAUGGACUUAACAGUUAGCGAAAGAGAUAAAUAUUAGCCAAACAACCAAUAACAACCCCACCAUUACCAUAAAAAAGGGGGAAGAAUGUCCAGGAGAGACGCAUAGUUUAUAAUUAGGGAGAACUCACCCCCUCUGAGAGGUCAGAGAAGGCUUUCCUAAAAAAAACAUAGUGGAACUGAGGUCUGUUUACUGCACAGGGUAGGAGGGGGCAUUCCCUACGGUGGGAAUAGAAUAUUCAAAGGUAGGCCAUUUGGCAAGAGGUAGUAUGGCUCCUCCAAGGAACUGGAAGAAGGCUCAGGAGGCUGCGUUACAGAGUGGAGAUGCAGGUGGGGGGCAGACCAGAGAGAAAUGUGGGUCUUUAUCUUACGAGUAAUAGGAAGCCUGUUGAGGUGCUCUAAGCAGGGAGGGGAGAUGAUCAUACUUGUAGUUUGAAAAGAUUACUCUGGCAGCAGCGAACAAUGGAUUGGAAGGAAACCAAGGCACAUUUAGGAGACUAGUUAGGAGGGCUAAGAUAUUUGCCUGUGAAACGGAAAUAAUGAUAAUACUAUCUCAUAAGCUGUUGCCAGGAUUCAUUGAGAAAGUGCAUCUUAAAUAUUUAUUCCAGUACCUGGCACAUAGUAAAGGCUAAGUAAAUGUUGGCAUUUUUACUUUUGUUGGUUCUCUUCAGGCAGCAGAGUUUUCUGUGCCAUGCCUGCUCCUCUGAGGUGGGGUGGGUUAGGAUGGUGGUGGUUUCUAGAGUGGAAACGCAGUUUGUAUGUCACAACGUCAAGGCCAGCACCCAGGAUGCCUGAAGGCCCUAUUAGAAUGGCUUAGGGGUAUGGAAGAUUCACGAAGAAAACCAGGUUCCAACUGCUCUCGGAAGCAAGCUGAAGAGACGGGUGAAAGACCCUCCUGACUGUAAGCCUGAGUGUUGGCUGAGGAAAACUUUUCUGCCAGGUGUCCCGGGGAGCAGGUGUAGGGCUCGCACUCAAGUGCAGUCGCGCGGGGGCGGGACCCGCGCCGCUCCUCAGCCCCAGGUUGACCCGCAGGCAUCCGGCAGGCCCUGCUUCCCCGGUCGGAUGCGCGGGUACCGGGAGGAGGGAGGGUCCCGGAAGGCCGACUCGGACCGGCCCGCAGGGGCUGCCCCCUCCCCAGUCACGUGGCCUGGUGGGUGGGGACCGAUCUGAAGUUGGAGAAAUCCGGAGGGAUCCCAACUUUGGAGUGCUCCGCCCGUCCUCCCGGGCCCGGGCGUUGGGCGCUGGGGUUCCAGGAGGCGUGCGGAGGUGGGAAUUGGUGAAGACGAACAGCAGCACGGACGCCGGGACUCCGGGCAUGGCCCAGCUGUCGGUGGUCCCGGGGUCGGCCACGGGGUCAACAGGGCUCCUCACCGAGGGUGGCCGCAAGGAGACGGACAUGAGGGAGGCGGCGUCUCUGCGGCAGCAGCGCCGAAUGAAGCAGGCGGUGCAGUUCAUUCACAAGGACUCUGCCGACCUGCUACCCUUGGACGGUCUCAAGAAGCUGGGCUCGUCCAAGGACACGAGACGCCUCAUGGAAACCAACCUGUCUAAGCUUCGAAGCAGUCGUGUCCCUUGGGCCUCCAAGACCAACAAACUCAACCAGGCCAAGUCUGAGGGGCUAAAGAAGUCUGAGGAUGAUGACCUGAUUUUGGUUUCUUGCCAGUGUGCUGGAAAGGAUGUGAAAGCCUUGGUUGACACCGGCUGUCAAUAUAAUCUCAUCUCUUCAGCCUGUGUGGACAGGCUGGGACUCAAGGAGCAUGUCAAAUCUCAUAAGCAUGAAGGAGAGAAGCUUUCUCUACCCCGGCAUCUCAAAGUAGUGGGCCAGAUUGAGCACCUAGUGAUCACACUGGGCUCCCUCCGCCUAGACUGUCCAGCAGCUGUGGUUGAGGACAAUGAGAAAAACUUGUCCCUUGGUCUCCAGACUCUCCGAUCCCUGAAGUGCAUCAUAAACUUGGAUAAGCACCGGCUGAUCAUGGGGAAGACAGACAAGGAAGAAAUCCCUUUUGUGGAGACAGUUUCCUUGAAUGAAGACAACACUUCAGAAGCAUAACUACAGCCUGCAGCAUGUCUGCACGUAUGCAUACACACCAGGUUGACAGAUUGAGAAAACUGGGUUUGAACCAAAUGCCGUAGCAACUUGCUGUGGACCAAGUCCUUCCCUCUAAUAGAAGCUGCAGGGGCUCCCUCCCACCCAGACCUCUCUAGACUUUAGCCUGUGCUUAGAGAUCUUGUCUGGUCUUAGCCAUUGUUUUUUACUCCUUUGAUCACUUAAUUUAUAGACCUUUUUGACACUGCCAGGUCUCACUUGUGGCCUAUUUCUCUGCUUCUUCCAGGAAUUUACUUUUAUUAGUCAAGUAUAGGGGCUGCCAGGUUCUAUUUCUCCAUAGGUGUACUUGCUUCUUUUCCUAUAGCUAAAAUGUAUGAUAAACAGGAACCUGACUUUACCUCCCUUCAGCUGUUUCAAAGGGAUGCAGGAUACUUAUGUCUCAGAAUUAGAAUUUCUUCUAAUUUAUUCUUUGAUUUCUGAAGUGUGAAUUGAUCUGGAAGAGUCCAGAGAGAUCAUCUAGUCCAACCCUUUCAUUUAAAGGUCCAGAGAGGCAAGUGAACUGUCUAAGCCCAUAUACCAAGUCAGUGACAGAAGGGACCUAGAACUUAGACCUGACAAGCCAAGACCAUGUUCAUUCUCCCAUGCGGCUCCAUUUGUCUUCAAGCCUUGAGAGGAGGGUGAAGAGGAGGGUUCGUAAACAGGUUAGGGAAAGGAUAUGCUUCGGGGAUGAAUGCUAGGAGGAUCUGGGUGCUAAGCCCACUAAAAGUCCCCUGACCCAAACUGUCAUAUUUAGGCGUUUAUCUUGGUGCCUAAAAGCCAUGGGUAUCAAGAUAAAUGAGAUGGUCUCUCACCUUGAACUUCUUGGAGGGAAGGAGGAAGGAGGAACCACAGACAGAAGAACAUUAACCAGUCUCUGAGAUGAAAUUGAAGGCUUCAGUAAAUAAUCUAAGCAUUCUUGUCAGAUACUGAUACCCCCAAAAUCCAGUCAGUAUUUCUGCCUAGCUGGUUAUUUGUCUGCUUCGGACCCAAGUAGCUGGGAACAGAAGUAGGGAAAGAAGAUGAAAAAAACCCAGAGCAGGUCCAAAAGAGAAGGGUAGAAUUAGUUGGUGGGAAGGUCUACUUAGGGAAUCCUUUCUGGGAUGGAGGUCAGGAAUGAAACUUUCUGGUUGGGAAUUGAGGGUUGGGAAACUCUAAAGCUCUGUUCUGGUACAAUAAAAGAAGCAGGGCAGGAGCUGGCAGUGGUAAGGACAACUUUUUCUGACUCCCCAAUAUUUCCUGACCCCUCUCAAAGAGUUGGAGGUCACAGGUGUUUCCUAAAGCCUUUCUGUUGGAGUGUCAGUUUGGGCACAUAGAUACCUGUAAUGGAAUCUUCGCUUCAAUUUAGUCAGAGAUGUGCUCAGAGAAGUCAGAAAAAUCGCCAGCUGUGCAUUUCCCUUUAAGAGAUUCCCAAGUUGGCCUUUGGAGUUCCUUGAGUAUUUAAUGAUCCUGCUUCAAACUUUGCCAGGUCUCAUCAUCAGUCUUGUCUAGUGUUCAGCUACUGUCCCUUCCAAACAGUUCUUUGGAAUUCUGAAUGUUUUUAGCUUUACAGAAGCUCCCUAAAGACUGGGAACUUGAUGACCCCUAUUUGAACAGCUAGGAAGCCAUAGUGCAGCCAGCUGUCACUGGGUCACCCCCCAGGCCCCUUCUUACCAGCCUCUCUAGAGAAAACAAGAUGGAAAACUAAGCACAGCCACCACAGGGGAGGCCACAUCUGAGCUCAGCAGAGGUGAUCCCACGUUACCAGCCUUCCAUGCCCCCUCAAACUACCCCCCUUUUCUUACAUAGGGGUCACCUGCACCUUUCUGUUGAGGUCUCGCCCCUCUCCUCCCUUACCUAUCAUGGUACCACUUUGGCCUGCUUCUUAUCCUAGGGCUGAGUUGAAAUACUUUUCUUCUUCCUUCCCUAGUUGAAAGUUCACUCUGAGCCUUGAGUCUUGGCCACAAGUGAGGCUUGUUGGAAGUUCUUUGGCCUAGUGGAUCCUUAUUUGGCUUCCCUGUGGACCAAGUGAGGCCAGGAAUUCUCAGGUGCUAGAAAGAUGCCUUAGAGUUCAGGAUUAUAUAUAUGGAGUUAGGUAUGAUCAGAUGGCCAUUAGUGAUCUUUCUGGCCUCUGAGAAUCAGUCAGUGAUUUUCCAAUUUUGGAAUAGAGACACUUGGGACCAUCUGAGCUUAGGAUAUCAGAGUCUCACUCAAUGCAGUCAAAUCAUUUGAAUUCAAUAACCAAAUAAUUGUGCUUUAAACCUCAGGCUUGAUAGAGGUACCUAAAAUGUCUGAAGAUAAUUAUGGGAAGCAUCGAGCUUCAUUAAUGUUUAAAUGCUGCCAAGUUGAUUUCUCUGAUAGCUCAUAUCUCCUCGAUAUUCAUGAGGAAGCACUGGGUCUACUUUUCUGGGGCUGGCUAGAUAAGCAGGUAAGGUCAGUUCUUCCCAGAAUCCUAGAAAAUUCUCUGUGGCACCUCUGAUUGAGAGUGUGGGAAGAGAGUGUCUACCCAGGUCACAGUUCUGAAAACAGACAGUAGCAAGAAGUAACCCUAUAGACCUGUACCCAUCUCCUUCCUUUUUAGAUAUCUGUCUCAAAUACAAGCAGCUUGAAAAAUACUGUCUUUUCGUUUGAUAUUUCUAUGCCUGACUUAUUUGAGGAACAAAUGUUUUCUGACUUUUCUAUUUCCUUGCCCUGCACAGACACCACCUGGUAAGAUUUUCUAUUCCUUAGCUCAAAGUGUCUAUAGAUGGAUUGCCUAGUAUGUCAGUUGCCCUCACUCUUGCGUAAUAGAAAUAUCUUUCCAGGCUGGGCACGUGGAGGAGAUGAACUGGAUUCCUCCCUCCUUCUGUUACCAGGCCUCUGCAUUGGCACUUUAUCUGCUCAGUGUUUCUGGCUGUGUUGGGUGUAUUUGUGAGACUAAUGUAACAAUAAAGUGAAAUCUUCCCUCUGUG